AUCUAUAUAUACAUCUGCAUGUAGCAAUACUUAUUCUUUUGCUUAGUAACAACAACAUUGAUUGAUCAUGUAGGAUUUCGAUUAUGCACACGUUUAUACAAUACAAAAGCAGCUAUUCAUUCAUCCAGCACCAUACUAAAAGAGACAGAGAGAGAGAGAGAGAAAGAACGGUUUAGUUAACUUUUACAUAUAGCUCAAAUGUCGCACGCUCCUAGAAACAGCUUCAUUGCUCCCGGCGUCUCUCGCUACUCUCGCUCUGCUGUCUACAGCAAGAAGGCUUUGUACAAGCGCAAGAAGACAGCUGUUGCUGCUCCUGCUCAACAAGCCGCUGCUGACAAGACUGUCGAAGUCAAGGGCGCCAAGAAUGGUGGCAAGCGUGUCGUCCCUGCCCAAAAGGCUCCUCGCUUCUACCCUGCUGAAGACGUUCCUCAACCCAAGGUCACCCGCAAGACCUCCAAGAAGACUGUCCUCCGCUCCAAUAUCACCCCUGGUACCGUUGCCAUCCUCUUGGCUGGUCGUUACCGUGGUAAGCGUGUUGUCGUCUUGAAGCAACUCGACUCUGGUCUUCUUCUCGUUACUGGUCCUUUCAAGAUCAACGGUGUUCCUUUGAGACGUGUUAACCAAGCCUAUGUCAUUGCUACUUCCACCAAGCUUGAUCUCUCCAACGUCAAGAUUGAUGAAAAGUUCAAUGAUGCCUACUUCAAGAAGUCUGCUAAGACUGAAAAGGCUUUCCUCCAAGGUGAAGAGGCUGCUUUCCCUGAAUCCAAGGCUGCUGACCAAAAGGCUGUUGACAAGGCUCUUCUUGAAAUCGUCGUCAAGACUCCUUUCCUCCGCCAAUACUUAUCCUCCACCUUCAGCUUGCGCAAGGGUCAAUUCCCUCACGACAUGAAGUUUUAAAUAUAAUACGAAAAUAAACUUUAUAAUUUCAUGUAACUGUAUCCUAUAAGACAAUGCUAUUUAAGGCAUGAGAAAAUAGAUUAUCCCCAUCUUACCAUCAACAACAUGCUUACGUAUCACGUAAAGAAGUCAUCCGGGAACAUUUUGAUGCCCUUGUUUUUGUG